AUGCUCGGCGACGCCAAGGCGGCCCUCAUCGACGCGUGCACCGUCGCAGACAUGGGGCGCAUCGCCGAGUUUCGACCCUCCGUGCUGGAGGCGAUUGAGCAGAUCGAGCCACUCAAUCCGACGCCGAAGCCACUCGAGGCGCCAGACCUGCUCACCGGCUGCUGGCGCCUCAUCUACACCACUUCCGACUCCAUCCUGGGCACGACUCGGCCCCGCCCGUUCCGGCCGCGGUACAAGAGGAUCUUGCAGUCGAUCGAUGCCCGUCAGCUCGCGGCGAAGAACGAGGAGUGGGUGCUGCUCGGGCUCCUCAAAAACAUGGUUCGUGCCAGGCUCACGCCGCGGGACGACGGGCGAACUGUGGACGUGCAGUUCUUGCGCUUUGGCAUCGGCUGGCUCCGGAUACCUGCACCCGCCGCGGCCAAGGGCGUGCUCGAGACGACCUACCUCGACGACACGCUGCGCGUCUCGCGCGGUGACAAGGGCAACCUGUUCGUCCUCGUGAGAGACGGGCCGUCGCGGGUCUGA